CCGCCCGCUCGCCCGCUGACAGCGAGGCUUAGGGCGGAGGAAGCGGGUCGGUUGGUCGGCCCGGAACGAGGCUCCCGCGGCCUGGCCCGCGCAGAGCCGUUGCCAUGGCAGCCGCCGCCGGGGGCGCGGACGACGAGCCGCGCUCGGGCCGCUCGAGCUCGGACGGCGAGUGCGCCGUGGCGCCGGAGCCGCUGACGGGCCGCGAGGGCCUCUUCUCCUUCGCAGACUUCGGGUCGGCGCUGGGCGGCGGCGCGGGCCUCUCGGGCCGGGCGUCCGGCGGGGCGCAGUCCCCGCUGCGCUACCUCCACGUCCUGUGGCAGCAGGACGCGGAGCCCCGCGACGAGCUGCGCCGUAAGAUCCCCGCCGGGCGGCUGAGGCGCGCCAGGCCCCACCGGCGGCUCGGGCCCACGGGCAAGGAGGUGCACGCUCUGAAGAGGCUGAGGGACUCAGCCAAUGCCAAUGACGUGGAAACAGUGCAGCAGCUUCUGGAAGAUGGCACGGAUCCCUGUGCAGCUGACGACAAGGGCCGCACAGCUCUGCACUUUGCCUCCUGCAAUGGCAAUGACCAGAUUGUACAGCUGCUCCUGGACCAUGGGGCUGAUCCCAACCAGCGAGAUGGGCUGGGGAACACGCCACUGCACCUGGCGGCCUGCACCAACCACGUCCCUGUCAUCACUACACUGCUACGAGGAGGGGCUCGUGUGGACGCCCUGGACCGAGCUGGCCGCACGCCCCUGCACCUGGCCAAGUCAAAGCUGAACAUCCUGCAGGAAGGCCACUCCCAGUGCCUGGAGGCUGUGCGGCUGGAGGUGAAGCAGAUCAUCCAGAUGCUGAGGGAAUACCUGGAGCGCCUGGGGCGGCACGAGCAGCGGGAGCGGCUGGAUGAUCUCUGCACCCGCCUCCAGAUGACGAGCACCAAAGAGCAGGUGGAUGAAGUGACCGACCUCCUGGCCAGCUUCACGUCCCUCAGCUUGCAGAUGCAGAACAUGGAGAAGAGGUAGCAAGAGAGGCUCCCUGCCUUCCCUGCUCUGCCACUGCCCCACCCUUGCCCCCACUGCUCUCUCAUUACAAAGAAAAAGCCUAAUGCCUGGGACUUCGGAGCCGCACUUCUCUGGUGAGGCCCUUGCCCCCAGAUGCUGCCAGGGCAGAGAUGCCCUCUCACCGACUUCAGAGCCACUCCCAGCCACGGCCUGUCUCAUCUCCAUGGGCUGGGACCACAGCUCCAGCUUCCUCCUCUGCUCCCACAGCACCACAGCCACAUCUCAGUUCUGGCCAACAUGCACUGUCCUAGCAGGCCUCACUUGUCUUGUGGCCUCCUUGGCACCCUCGGCAGGCUCCAGACCUUUCUCUGUGUCUCUUCCUGGCCAGGGGCUCUUUACAGCCAGCAGGGUAUGGGCUUCGGGCAGGCAUCCUCGGGGGCUUCUUGGCUGGCCCCGCACCCCUCACCAGCACUAAGAUUUAGACUUGUCACCUGAUGUUCAGGGAGACAUUGCAGUGAGUUUCUCUUGGUUGGAAAGGAGGGUCGGUGAGGCCUAGACCUUAGAAAUACAAGGUUAGGAAGGAUCUCGUGGAACCCAAAGCAGAAAGGAACCCAAAGCCUUUCUCUCCCUGGCGCUAAAACACCUGGAGGGCCUAGUGGUCCAUUCUGCAGCCUAACUGUAGUAGGCUGAAUAGUGCCCCCCCCCCCGAUGUCCAUGUUCUUAUCCCAUGAACCUGGGAACAUUACUCUGUCGGGCAAAGGGGACUUUGCAGAUGUAAUUACAUUAAUGAUUUUUGGACAAGGUGACUCCUGGAAUAACCCCGUGGGCUUCAUGUAAUCCUGGGGAUUCCUUCCUUAUGGGAGGAAGACAGGAGGUCAGAGAGGAAGUAGGAGAUAUAGUGGGAAGGGGUCAGAGCUGUGGAAUGCAGGCGGGCGCCCACAGAGGCUAGAAAAGGCAACAAAUGGAUUCUCCCUUCAGAGCUUCCUGAGGGAACCAGCCUUGCUGACACUUUGACUUUAGCCCAGAUCUUAGAAUUCUGACUGCCAGAACUGUAAGAGAAUAAAUACGUGUUGUUUUAA